AUGACCCCUGACCACGCUUACUACCCCGUGGGCGUAGAGAUCCCCAGCUAUGUCCCCAAUGAAUGGAGCACUCUAGCGCUAGUCUCUACAUUCGCUCUUGUAUGCAUAAUUGUCCUAACGGCUGCCAAGACAAUCGCAACAAAUGCAAACCCGCGCAUUACAAUCCCCGAACUCUCGCAGGUCCUCUGGUUUACAUUAUGCGGCUCCAUCCACCUCAUCCUCGAAGGCUACUAUGCCCUAAACUUCGCCACCCUUCCGGGGUCCCAACAUGUUCUCGCGCAACUCUGGAAAGAAUACUCCAUGUCUGAUUCGCGGUAUCUCACUUCUCAUGCCUUCGUGAUGUCCAUGGAGUCCAUUACCGCCUGGUGUUGGGGCCCGUUAUCAUUCGUCCUUGCGUCUUUCAUCGUCACGGAUAAUCCCUUCCGACACCCGUUGCAGAUUAUCGUGUCCACUGGACAGCUUUAUGGAGAUAUCUUAUAUUACGGUACCUGUGCUUUUGAUUUUCUGGUGUAUGGGAUUGAGUACUCUAGGCCCGAAGGGUAUUACUUUUAUGGGUACUUUGUGUUGUUGAAUGGGUUUUGGAUUGUUAUUCCGAUCUUGCUUAUUGCUGAUAGUGUGAGAGCUUGCGCGAGGGCUUUUGCGGAGGUCAAGGGAGUGAGUGCCUGGAACCCCCUCGAGGUCAAGUCUUUAGACUUGUCCCACUCCAGCUCUGCUAUUGCCCAACUUUUCCAACAUGGAUACCUCUCUGCCACCAUAAACCCCCCUCCCGGAUGGACCGUGUAUCCUACAUACGCCGCCUACAAGGAGGAGUGGGAAGGCUUGGACUCGCAAGGUCAAACAAUUGCUCAGUGCUACGGUCUUGGCCCAGGAACUCCGAUAAUGGAGGAUGACCAAGCUGUGAGAACAAUCUUCCAGUCUGGGGACAGAUAUUAUCUCUGGGACCGGAAGCCGAACAGUGUCCAUGAAUUUGCCUCUCAGAACAUACAUGAGAUUCUUUCUACUAUGACCAAGGAUGGGCUUAGAGGACUACACAUGGAAGCUUUAUCUCCUGUUCUUGAUGUUGACCACUGA